AUGCCCAAAGGAAGCUGUUGGUGUAAAGCUGUCAAAUAUGAAUUCUCCGCCGAACCGGCCAUGAAGGUUGUCUGCCACUGCCUCUCCUGCCAGAAAAUAUCCGGAUCCGCAUUCACAGCCAACAUCUUCGUUCCCAAAUCCUCUCUCAAAAUCACCUCAGGCUCAGAGCACGUGAAGGAUUACGUGCAACCUCACGAAACUGGUCUCGCUAUCACACUCACAUUCUGUGGAAAUUGCUCCACCGCAAUUUACAAGCAUGGCGGAAGCGAAAAAUACGAGGAUUACUUUGUGAUCCAGGCUGGUACUAUCGAUGCGGAAGAAGGGGAUGGUGGUAAGAUCAUGGGGAUCGACAUUGUUGUUCCCGAUGAGGAGUAUUGGACGAAAUUUAGGGCUUGCUGGUUAGGUCCUGUGAAGGGUUUGAAGCAAUUUGAGGAAUUUGCUUGA